ACAGCUAACCAAUAGUUUGAUGGUUGUUGUGUUGUUGAAGCUAAUAGAAUGGGUGGCGUUAUAUACGAUGGUAAAUGGUCAAACAUGUUGUCGAGGAAUUGUCUCCGUAAGAUUGUCUGGAUUGUGUGGUCAAUGGUGAUUGUUAAAGCUUAUGAAAUUGAUGACCCUACCGAAGUUGAAGAUGGCGGAAUCAUAACUCCGAGGUUGAACAUUCUUGGGACAAAGUACCUCAAAUUAGAGGACCAAUCUUGGCGCCUUUCUUCACGUGCAGGACACUGGGCCCUGGUAUUCAAGUAUAUGGAUAUUGAAAAAUCGGACCACUGCCAACACGAUUCGUUACAGAUCAAGGUGGAAAAUGGCGGUUCCAACAACCCGAUCACAACGUUCUGUGGUGACCAGGUACCGGACCCCUUCAUCUCCGAGAGCCCUAAUGUGUCAGUGAGGUUCGUCAGUGAUACCAUGUUCGAGUUUAGAGGAUUCAAAAUAGUCGCCUUCCACUCUGUCAGUAAAGAUUUGCUGUUACCGAAGAUUCGUACCCAGCCCAGUCAAGAAGCUUUUACUCUAGCCCCGGCAGCGAACCACAAAAAGGAUAACACCAACAGUGAGCCCACGUUCUACUUCUUGGUCGCCUCCGUCGGGGUCGCCUUGAUACUGUUUGGUAUCCUGCUCCUUUAUUUCGCGACACUUCUGCGCAAACGCGCGAAAUCUUCGAAUCCGGCAACAGCGGUGUACUACAAUACUCCUUCCGGGUCAGAGAGUACUUGCAGUAGUGUAAGCCAGGCGACCAAUGAAAAGAGUUCACAAGAGCUGCUGAAAACCGGAAGAAGGUACAGUCGGAAGAUGAGUGACAGGUUUAUCGGAGCAGAGAAGGCUCAGCCGCAGGUGGUGUUACUGACGAGUGAAUCGUUGCCUGUCGUUGCUCAGCAUAAUUUCAUUUACGGAGACAGUAACUAAAAACAAUCUUAAUUAAAGCAUUAUUAGAAGAACAAAAUAGAUUUAUAUUGUAACAUGACCAUAAUAAAUGGUCUGUUCGGCCGUUUUUUACCCCCAAACGACGAAAGCAUAGUAUGUUAUUAAAUUGGGUAAACAGUUAUAUAAUUUAAUCAAAAUACAAUAUGCGUGACAGUUUUGAUGUCCGAAAAACGGCAAUUGCGUGCAUUCAAUAAACAUCUCCUAACAAUAGCUGUAACUCUAAUGGGGCCUUUUUCUGAAUUUACUCUUUUUACAUGUCAUCAAUAUCUUUAUCAUGUUUAAUCAUACAGAGAAAACGUUUGUUCACAUGUAUCCGAAUUCAAAUAAACUCUUCCUGACGUUUCG